CUUCAGUUUCCAUUAAGUUUCUGUUCCGAACAGUAAACAGUCGUGAAAAAUCGAAAAAAUUAAAUCAAUUUAAAUAUGUGGAAGAAGGUGAUUUUUGCUGUGGUUCUUGUGGCCUUUGUGGGCGUGCAAAUAGCCAACUCCCUUAGUUGCUACAGCUGCAAGGAUCUAACCAGCUGCCAGAAUCCCACGCUCCAGACCUGCAGCAAUGCGACGGCCAAUGACAGCUCAUUGUGGCUUGCCACGUUGCACAAUGAUGUCCCCAUUGUGGAAGGCAGUCUGGGCUUUUUUUGCACCAAUCUCACCUACUACCAUGCUAACAACAACAGUCGCAUCAGUGAAUUCCUGGGCUGUGUCCAUCCUAAUGCCAUGGUCUGUGAUCUGACUCUGACGAAUGUGGCAAACAGAACCAUUUGGAGCAAGGAGUGCCACAACUGCAACACGGAUUAUUGCAACAAGAAUAAUCCCGCAGGCACUUUCAGUGGCAGCGCCUACACCAUGAUUGGCUCCGUCCUGGCCCUGCUGCUGGCCAAGAUUCUCAGUUAGGAUCUACAAUUCGCACCCGAAUUUUGAUUUUUAGCGUAUUUAAAGAGAGUUUUUGUAAAUAUAUAAAAUAUUGUUGGGAUCAAAGAAGGAUCCACUUGUAAAACUCCCACUUA